CUUCCCCAGAGCUAUCUCCCCCCCCCCUAACCCUUACCCUCGUCGUUUGCUCGCUCCCUCAGUCACUGCUGGCAACAAUGAACAGACUCGCCCGCUUCGCCCUCCCUUCCCUCGCUAGGGCCGUCGCUUUCAGGCCUCUGGCCCGCGCAUCCACCCCCCUCCUCACCGCCCCCUCCCGCCUCGCCACCACCGGUCCCGCCGGCCACAGCGACCUCGACCCCACCCUCGCAAACUACCCCAUGCCCGCUGACCUCGACCCCUCCGCCAAAAACGACUACGAAAAGUACGUCUCCUUCUGGCGCGCCCACUUUCAGAACCUCCAGGACGACUUUGAGCUCGAGCGUGGCUUGAACCAUAUCUUUUCGACUGAUUGGGUACCCUCCGUUGAGGUCAUUGCCGAUGCGCUGAGGGCGGCUCGGGAGCAAAACACUUUUGCGACCGCUGUUAGGACUCUUGAAGCACUCAAAGGAAAGACUUCCUCCGAACAGCAGUACCAGUCGUACAUUAAGGACCUCACACCUCUUUUGGAGGAACUCGGGAUUGUGGAUAAGGAGGGGCUUGGCCACUUUGAGUUUGUCAGGGAGAAAAGGUGGUGGAUGGAGUGAUAUCGAAGUGUAGUCGAACAACCAUACACACCCCCUUACACCCGAAACUCGUUCCAUAAAACCUAUACGUUGUGAAAGGAGAAUAUACACACUCUACGAAGAUCCAAAA